CGGGCGGGCAGGUUAAACAACACGGGUAGCGCACCAACUGGAUUUCGUGAUGACUUACACAUUUCCAGCCAUGAACCUAUUUAAACUUGGCAGGACUGUUUCUUAUUGUUCGUUUUAUAAUGUCCUUUCAAAACCAUAUACGCAAAUGGCAACAAAUUUGGGAGCAGAUAAGGAUUUAGUCCCUCCUUCCUUUAGUGCUGAUAAUAAGGAGUAUCCAAAACACAUACAUGAGAUUGUAAAUCGUAUCAGUUCCCUAACAUUAUUAGAAGUUGCAGACUUGUCAGAACUGUUACAAAAAAAGUUAAACAUCAAGAAUACCGGGCCCAUGAUGCCUAUGAUGGUUCAAGCGCCAACAAACCAACCUCCCGAAGAGCCUGAAGAACAACAAGCGCCUACGAAAACUGCAUUUUCAGUCAAGCUAGUGAAAUUUGAUGCAGCAAAAAAAAUCCAACUUAUUAAAGAGAUCAAACAAGUUAUUCCAGAGAUGAAUCUUGUACAAGCUAAAAAGUUCGUAGAAGUAAGUCCAAGUUAGCAGCACAGCAGUUGUUUAAUUUUCGACACCUUAUGGUGUUUAUCAGUCCGUCUGCCUGCUUCUUUACGUCAGUACAACGGUAAGAAGUGAGUGUAAAGUGUACAUAAAAUUAAGGACAGUAGCAAAAAGGACAAGAGAAAUCAGGGGAAGAGCGGCUUGGAAUGUUGUUUAGGGCUUGCAUAUAGUUAUAGUGAAUGUAUGUGUAGCCAACUUUUAAUCAUAUCAUCUACAGUCCCCGAUACAUGGGUGAUAGCUAGUGAAUCGCGCAGAGAUGAUGUAACUAGGCAUGCGUAGCACAUGCCUCGACUACCUUGUCAUUCGACUAGGCACUUUUAUUUAGUUACUUUAUUCUGUAAAAAAGCGCACAUUUAUAUUUUGUCAAGUAUUGCUAUUGAUAAAAAAACUAGUAACAGUUGGAUGCACUAGACAACCACUCUAGAUUUGAAAGUACCCACCCACCUAGUUUUUUAAUAUUAAUGCAGCUAAUCCGCUUUUCUAAAUACACUCAAUAGCGUGUUAUAUUUACACACUGCUAGCUUGAAAAAAUUAAUAACCUUAAUUAUUUCUUUUAGAGUGCACCUGCCAAUAUAAAGACUGACGUGAGCAAGGACGAAGCUGAGCAAAUAAAGAAAGUAUUGGAAGAGGUUGGAGCGUCUAUU